AUGGGCGAGCCGCUGUCCAUCGUCAGUGGUAACGCCGGUAUUAUUUCUCAUGGCACUACCGCGUGCAGUGGUCUCCAUACGUAUUUCAGUGCUCUGAAAGACCAAGGCAAAAAUAUUGAAUACGCUUGCCACCACCUAAGUCUACUCAACAGUUACAUCGAGCUCAUUCGGCCCAGCGCGCCAACACUCAGUAGUCGCCAUGCCGAAGCAGGUGAUCUCAUCGCUAGGACACUUAUAAUAUGUGAAGGCGAGCUUGAAGCUCUCGAAAAAACCAUUGACAAACUGAAAAGCGGCAAGGACCAACUUUUCAAGGCCACAGCAGUGCUAGAGACUGUUGUUCAAGCAUUGAUUCUUCGUGAAAACAUAUCUAUUAGCAAUGAUAUAGAGGCUCUCAGAAACGCUGUCCAGGACAACCAUGUGGUCACACAGGACUUUCUUCGCAGAAUCGAAACUGGCGUCGACACUGCUGGCUAUGCUGUCAAGCUAGAAUCAGCACUGUUGAUGGAAAUAUUUACUGCGAUCGAGCAACAGAGAGCGAUGACAUCGAGCAGUCACGCUCUGAUCCAAAGUACCAACGCCAUGCUCUCGGUGAAGCUGGAUAGUGUUGUAAGAGCCUUGAUUCUCCACAUGGACCUUGUCGGAUGGAGCUUGCCCCCACAUAAAAGCACUGGAUCUAAUGAGAGGACUAUAGACGGGACGGAACGGCUCGAGCCUGUCGUUAUUCCCCUCAGCCGCUGUGCCACCGAUGACCGUCAUUCCUAG